AUGGCUGAAGAUAUCGAAGUUACUCAUGCAGAUCAGCAAAGGAUUAAUAGCUUUGCUACUUGGAAUUUAAAAUUCAAAGGUUUCUUAUCAGAAUAUGAGAAAUUCAAGAAGGAACUAGCUAACAUCAAUGAUGCAGAAGACGAGUUGAUUGUCUUAGAUGAAAAUACUCAUCCAUAUGCUAUCGGCGAUACAUUUUUCCAUUUGUCUAGUGAUGAGAUUGGAGAAGAACUUAAAGCAACUAAAGAAAAAGUCAAAGUACGGAUGUUAGACCUGGAAGAACGGAUUAGUGAAUGUAAAGUGCACAUGGACAGUUUAAGAAAAGAACUGUAUGGUAAAUUUGGAAAUCACAUAAACCUUGAAGAAGAAGACCAGUAA